UAUAUAUACACCUCAAACCUAGCAUAACAACCAUAUUAUUUUCUUGGUUUUUUUACUAGAUUGCCAAACAGAACUUAAGAAAAUCUCAAAUCACACUAAAUAUUUCACAUAGUUUCUGAUCACUGAUUAUAAUGGCGGACCCUUCACGAGUAAGCUCUAACUCAGAAACUGAGUCUAGUUUUAACUCGUCUUCAUCUUCUUCUUAUACUUCAUCUGAGUUAUUUAAAAGUCCGGUGGAGAAACCCGACCCGGAUGAUAAUCCGAGAAAGCCCAAGAGAGCUAGAGACAGCAGCAACAAGCAUCCGGUUUACAGAGGUGUGAGAAUGCGGGCGUGGGGGAAAUGGGUAUCGGAGAUCCGAGAGCCCAGAAAAAAGAGUCGGAUCUGGUUAGGAACCUUCUCAACUCCAGAAAUGGCAGCACGUGCCCAUGACGUGGCAGCUUUAAGCAUUAAAGGUAACUCGGCUAUUCUUAACUUCCCUGAACUCGCUGACUCACUCCCUCGGCCCGUUUCUAACUCGCCUCGCGACGUGCAAUCUGCCGCCACUAAAGCUGCUUCUAUGGAGUUUAGUGCUAUUAGCGACAGCAGUAAUAGUAAAGAUACAAUUAGCGACAACAAUAAUGUUAGUAAUAAUGCGUCAUCGUCGUCAACUGUGACGCAAUCGUCGUCAUCUUCAACGGCGGAGGUAACGUCAACGUCAUCACUCUAUGACGUGGCAACUCCUGAAGAGCUGAGUCAGAUAGUAGAGUUGCCAAGUUUAGGGACGAGUUAUGAGGAAUCGCCUGAGUUGAGAGACGAGUUUGUUUUCGGCGACGACCCGUGGCUAUAUAAUAAUACAGCUUGGUACGAGGAUUAUUGCUAUGGUGGGAGUGGCUAUAGUUUUAGUGAUCAAUUAUCAUUAAUGCCAGAAAAUGUGAUUAAUAGUGGUUUUGAGGUUUUUUUGUGGGGUGAUUAAUUAGUGUUUUUAAUUAUAUUAUUUUGGUGUGAUUUUUUUUUUAUUUUGAGGUUUUGAUAAUUAUAUUAUGAGCCUUUUCAAUUAUUUUUUCCUCUAUUGAAGGGCUAGAAAUACUUUUCUUA